CCCCACGGAAUUACGCGUUUGCAGGUGCGUGAGGUCGCACAUAACUACCUAGGCUAGACUCACCGACUGUCCCAUUUUACUCAACUAAUAUAAAGACGAUCACAAGUGAGCGAUGUAUCAUUUUCUGAUGCGUUUCGGUCUUUUUCUUACGUUUGCCUUACAUCCAAUUUUGGGACGCGAUAUACAGAUAUCACCACGAGGAAGAAAAGAUGUACAUAGUUGAUUAUUCGACAAGUCAGAUGUAGUCUCCUUUCACGUUCAGAUAGAGCAGCUCAAUGUACAGAUCUCGGACUACACAUCCAGUUCCCCGCUCUAUCAGGAUACUGAUCCAAAUUUUAUCCUGAUCAUCGCAUCAAACCUUCCCGGAUCCUCAUAUAAGUAUGCCAUUGGCCGGAAAGGUCUCCACAACAUCCCCAUGGAACUCUCAGUCAGCAUUCAUAUCGAGUAUGUCAGUGUUGUUAUCACCGCUGCGUUGUGGGGUUUUACCUGUGUCCAAACCUUUCAAUAUUUCGUCUAUCACCAUCAACGUGAUAAUGCUUUCCUCGAGCUGCUGGUCAUCUUCCUCUGGGUUGCUGACAGUUUACAUAUUGUGCUCCUUAGUCAUGGGUUCUGGAGAGUCCUUCAGUACAAUUCUUCUCCGACUAUGAUCGAAGUUUGGUAUCUGUACGCGUCAAUCCCUACUGGAAUCGUCGCGUCGACAACACAGCACUUUUUCACCUGGCGUAUUUGGCGAUUUUGCUCCGGAUCUGGUUGGAGGUACACCAUUCUGCUAUUCGUCCCUGCUUCUCUGUAUUCCUUUCGCGAGACUAGUAUUAUGGGACCUGACGUACAACUUCUCAUUCGUGCUAAUUUCCAGCCGCCAUUCUUGCGUUUGUAAUUGUCUGCCAGAGGCCAGGCUCGACUAUCUAUCCAAUGACAGCACUUCUUGAAUCAAUGUGG